AUGUCUACAGAGAUCUCUUUGCCGAUCCUUGCUGGCCAGACCGGGCCUGGGACAGAUGGAGCAUACAACCAAGCGUCAAGUUGUUCUCAACCUUUCCAACUUGCGAAAGCCACUGCUACGGUCCCUCCUUACGUUGAUAACGACAACUUCCGUUUCAAACACAAUCGAGAGGAAUUAUGUCUGCAGUUUACUAGUGACUGGAAUAGAACUCAGACCAUGAAUACCGACAGUAGCAUGUGGGCCAUGUACUUUCCUCCCUCAUUGAAGCUCCAAUCAGAUUGUGAAAUGGAAGCCAGGCUUGCAAAAGACCUCUGUGAUUGGCCAUCCCUUCAAACAAUCGAUACCCCUCUCGCUAAAUUGGGAGUCCAAGCCGCGCGCCUCUGCGCAUUUCAAUCUCCUCUAAGCUAUGAACGAAGAACAUUGCUUCACCAACAUAUAACAUGGAUAUUCUAUAUGGACCAAGUCAGCGAAAGACUUGCUCUCUACAAUCUCCAUGCAACGGCUGGCAGCGCCUACCUGGAAAAUCUGAAAAGCAUUCUCAGAGACAACCCAGUCACAGAUAUGGAGGUGUUUAGAGGAUCUUGUCCAGACGCUCUUAUUGACAAUGCCCUAAAUGCCCAGCGCAUCUUGGCCGACGAUUUAAUGCCGCUCAAGAAAAAGCUUCUUUCACCGCAUCACAUGUCGUUGUGCAUCGACGCCCUCGACCUCUACUUUGAUACUCAGGACGAAGAAGGCCGACGAUUCUGUGCCGAACAGACUCUUAAAGAUAUCUAUCAGACCAGGGCCUUCACGGUGGGCAUCAUGGUGCCUAUUAUUCUUUGCUUGACAUGUGAACAAGCCGAGCUUUUCACACCCGAGGACCCAUGUAUGAUUCAAGUGUCAGUCAUGGCAGCUCUUUGGAACGACAUGAUUGGGUUGUUUAAGGAUCUGGAUUCUAUCGAUAACAAAGAUGAUGGCUCUGCUUACAUGAACUUCGUUCGAGUGAGCAUGAGAGAGCAGGGCUUGACUGCCAAAGAGGCUCUUCGCGCCUGUGGUCAACGAUUGAACACUCUUAUCCACGACUAUGAGUUUUAUCUAAGCUCAUACCGGCCACUUAGACGUCAACUUUACCACGCAGGCUUGGAAUUCGCUUUUAUGUACUUUGAUUUUCAUCUAAUGGGAUUGAAGGAAAGACCCAGUACGCGCUACGGUUGGAAAAUCAUCAGAUAG